GUUUGUCACUAAAAACACAUGUAUCAUGAAACACUGCAAAUCAGUCGUCUAGAGUUGGCUUACGGUUCGUGUCGGUCGUGUUGUCUUCUAGAGACUGAAUUUCUGUCUUAUUUUCAAAUUCCUCCAAUUUGAACCGAUAAUUUCGAAAAAUUCAUAUUUCUAGUGGAAGUGCUUAUUUUCGAAACAAAAAGAAACAUGACAAAAUAUACAAAUUGUAAAGUAAAUCAAAAUGAUCAAAAUUUAAAAAAUGAUUGUGAAUUUCAACACCGUCCGUAUCAUAAUUUCUAUUCACGCUACGAUCAUGGCAACGGAUUUGGCCAUAGAGUUAAUAAACAUCCUGAUUUGACACCUUCACCGAUUUUCACGGAUUACGACGACAACAGUUUGAGUUCGGAAGAACAUGUUUUAGCGCCGCUUGUGUGUUCUUCCGGACAGUCACGUCCGUGUUUGACGUGGGCCUGUAAGGCGUGCAAGAAAAAGAGCGUCACUGUGGAUAGACGCAAGGCUGCUACAAUGCGUGAACGAAGACGAUUGCGAAAGGUUAAUGAAGCAUUUGAAGUGCUAAAAAGAAGAACUACACCAAAUCCAAAUCAAAGAUUACCAAAAGUUGAAAUACUAAGAAAUGCCAUUGAAUACAUUGAAAGCCUUGAAGAUCUUUUACAGGAAUCAUCACCUUCACGUACAAUUGAUAGCUUAUCAGAGAGUAUAAGUGGCAAAACAUGUCAGCAGGAUUAUUUGAAUUCAUAUACAGAUUCGUAUUUCCGCGAAAAACUGCAGCACUUUAACAAGGAAUCAGACAGAUACACUCCAAUAUCAGAAUUUGAUUCAACUUCUUCAGCGAACGGAUCUAGCCUCGAAUGCCUUAAUCUCAUAGUUCAAAGUAUAAAUAAAAAUACAUCCCCAAGUAGCAGUGCAUCUUCAUCAUCUUCAUUGUCGUCUUCGGCUUCACUCAAUCAAUCUUUCGCUCAGAAGUGUACGACUUAAACAUAUAUACAUAAAAUAAUUGUGCAUUUUUAAGGAACUUAAAAUAAUAAAAUUCUCAAAAUUAUUUAUUUUAAUUUAAGUUAUAAAUAGGGAUACAAUGCUAUACUUACACAUAUUUAUAUAAAAAAUACAUACAUUUUAGAAUUGAAAGCUAU